CACAAUUUAUCGUUUAUAAUGCAACUCUUAAUCGUACAACAGCUAGCAAUUAGGAAAAAACUUUAGAAUUGAGCCGCUUUUGUUGAGUUAUUAAUUAAUGUUAAGCUAAAAGUGUAAAAACCAGAUUAAUUAAGUUUAGAUACAGAUUAUGUCGAAACGCAGCGCUGAAGAUGCCAGCGGCACCGGCAGCGGCGGCAGCAGCUGUCUGGUUGCCGCGGCGGCCGCUGGACAGCCGCCCAUCAAGAAGGUGCACUUCGAGCCACACCUAAUUGGACCGGUGUCCACGCUGGAGGAGAUGGACAUCAAGGUACUCGAGUUUCAGAACAAGAAACUCGCCCAGCGCAUCGAGCAGCGAAUGCGCUGCGAGGCGGAGCUGAGGCAUCGCAUCGAGCAGCUGGAGAAGCGUCAGACGCAGGAUGAUGCAGUGCUCAAUGUGGUUAAUCGGUAUUGGAAUCAGUUGAACGAGGAUAUACGGGUGCUGUUGCAGCGAUUUGAUGCCGAGACUGCGGAUGAGCUGGAGAACAAGAAUGAAAACGAGGUAACCACCUCAUUUCUCACACAACUGUCCACCUGGGACAAGGAGGAGCUGGACGAGAAGCUAGCGAAUCGUGUGCAGGUGUCGAAACGCGCUGUGGCAAAGAUCGUUCAGGUUAUUGAUAGGUUAAUGCAACGUAACGAAAAGAUAACGCUUGUAUUAAAAGGUGAUGGUCUGUCCAGCACUGCAUCCCAGGGAUCGACAACUGGUGCUGGUGCUGGUGAUGAUGAGCAGCAAUCCAAUGCGGGAGCUGAGGGGAAUGCGGCGUCAGCUGGCAGUGCGGGAGUCCAGGCGCUUGAGGAGACACUGAAGCAAACGCACAUUGAGAUCAUGACUGAGAAUCGUGCACUGCAGAAUCUGAAUACGUCGCUGCACGAGAAAUUCCACACAAUGUCGCUGAAAAUGAAAGAAUACCAGGAUGCACUCACCGCCAAAGAGACGGAGAAUGCUGAACUCAAGAACCAAAUCGAUGAAUUGCAAUACGAUCUGGAGAAGAUCCAUUGUCGCAACGAUAAGCUGGAGAAUCAUCUGGCCGAGGCCAUUGAGAAACUGAAGGCGUAUCAUCAGAUCUACGGAGAUCCCAACAAGAGCAGCAACAGCACCAAGACGCCCAGCACAGGUGUGGGAUCCGGCGGCGGAGGCAGCACCACAACCAAUGUGAAUAGUCAACAUUUGGAGGAGCUGCAGAAGGAGCUGGAGGAGCAUCGUGAGCUGGCCAAUAAUCGGCUACAGGAGCUGGACAAAUUGCAUGCCACGCAUCGCGAGACGCUCAAGGAAGUGGAGAAGCUCAAAAUGGAUAUCCGGCAGCUGCCCGAGUCGGUGAUCGUGGAGACGACAGAGUACAAGUGUCUGCAGUCGCAGUUCUCGGUGCUCUACAAUGAAUCCAUGCAGAUCAAAACGAUGCUGGACGAGACGCGUAACCAGCUGCAGACCAGCAAGAAUCAGCAUCUGCGUCAGAUCGAGGUGAUGGAGAGCGAGGAGCUCAUUGCCCAGAAGAAGGUGCGCAGCGAGAUGAUCCAAAUGGAGGAUGUCUUGGCCCUCAUCCGCAAGGAGUACGAAGGAUUGCGCAUCGAGUUCGAGCAGAACAUGGCCGCCAAUGAGCAGACGGCACCCAUCAACCGGGAGAUGCGUCAUCUGAUCACCUCGCUGCAGAACCACAACGGACAGCUGAAGGGAGAGGUGCAGCGCUAUAAGCGCAAGUACAAGGACAUCUCCACGGACAAUGUAAAGCUGCGCAAGGAUCUCGACGAUGCGCUGGCCAAGAUCGAGGGCAACAAGCAGCAGCAACAGUCGGUGGCGACCACGACGGGCGACGAGAUCAAACAGGAGUCCACAGGAGUCAAUGUGAAGGAGGAGAAUGCUAGCAAUGCUUCAUCCGGAGGAGCUACGUGCCAAACAAAUGCUGGGAGCACAAGUGGCGAUGCGAAUGUAGCCAUCAAGGAGGAGAAUUCGGCAUCCGCCGAGGAUGAGCUUGAGGAGGAGGCCAACAGCAAAGAUGUCAAGGAUCCCAGCAUCAAGCAGGAGAAGAUCAGUGCCAGCGAUGCAGCACCCUCAGAAAAGAAAGAUUCUCCCGGUCCGUCAAAUGCAACAACGGCAACAGCUGGAACCGCAAAUGCCGUGAAAACUGAAAAGGAUACCAAGGAUGGCAUCAAGGCCAAAGAGGUGAAGGCCGUGGAAAGCGAAACGGUGCGGGAUCUGAAGGCGCAACUCAAAAAAGCGCUGAACGAUCAGAAGGAAAUGAAACUAUUGCUGGACAUGUACAAAGGCGUCUCCAAGGAUCAGCGGGACAAGGUGCAGUUGAUGGCCACCGAGAAGAAGCUGCGCUCCGAGAUUGAGGAGUUGCGCCAGCAGCUGAAGAAGCUGCAGGAAAGCAAGCGAGAGGAGCGCAAGAAACUGGCGGAUGAGGAGGCGCUGCGAAAGAUUAAGCAACUGGAGGAGCAGAAAUACGAGCUGCAGAAGCAGGUGGCCAAUCACAAGCCCACCGAGAACUCGUGGGGAGGUGCGCCAGGUGGUGGUGGUCCUGGCGGUGGCAACUAUACGCGUCCCUUUGUCGGUUCGCACGAGGAGGAAGCACUGCUCAAUGAGAUGGAGGUGACGGGUCAAGCAUUCGAGGACAUGCAGGAGCAAAACUCAAGGCUCAUCCAACAGCUGCGCGAGAAGGAUGAUGCGAAUUUCAAGCUGAUGUCGGAGCGCAUCAAGGCGAAUCAAUUGCAUAAGCUGUUGCGCGAAGAGAAGACGGUGCUGGAGGAUCAAAUGGCGACGGCGACCACACAGAUCGAUGCCAUGCACAUUGUGCUGCGCAAGCUGGAGGAGAAGGAGCGCAGUCUGCAGGCCACAGUCGCCUCCAUUGAGAAGGAGCUGAUGCUCCGCCAACAGGCCAUGGAGAUGCACAAGCGUAAGGCCAUCGAAUCGGCGCAAUCUGCAGCGGAUCUGAAGCUGCAUCUGGAGAAGUAUCAUGCGCAAAUGAAGGAGGCCCAACAGGUGGUCGCCGAGAAGACCAGUUCCCUGGAGGCGGAGGCCUACAAGACCAAGCGGCUGCAGGAGGAGUUGGCACAGUUCAAGCGGAAGGCGGAACGCAUGAAGAAGAUGGAAAUGUCGGGCACAACCAUCGAUGAGGUGAUGAUCGAGGAGAUACGCGAAUACAAGGAGACGCUCACGUGUCCCUCGUGCAAGGUGAAGCGCAAGGAUGCCGUUCUGUCCAAGUGCUUCCAUGUCUUCUGCUAUGACUGCCUCCGCACCCGCUACGAGACGCGACAGCGUAAAUGCCCCAAAUGCAACUGCGCCUUUGGCGCCAACGAUUAUCAUAGGUUAUAUCUGCAGUAGGACAGAUCAUCACUUAUUGAUUAAUGAUUAUCGAUCGAGCGUUUCAUCGAUCGAGCGUUUACAUACCAGCCAGCCAGCUAAUUCAUUAUGAGCAUAUUAUCUAUGUACUAUUAAUAUAUAUAUUUGUUUAUAAGUAUCCCUUGUAUCCCUACGAUAGCUUGCGGCAAUUAUUUGAAAUCCUUAUUCAUUUUGAUGGCCCCAAGCAUCAUCUCAAUUGAUUGAUGAGUUCCGAGUGAUAUUCUCCCGGGUUUUUUAUGUAGCUUCUAGUUUGAAACUAAAUCGUACGAACACUAAUAAAUGGCUAAAAAAUACACAUUCAAA